AUGCUCUCCCGGGCAGCCAUGCUGCUGGGCGGCCUCCUCCUCGCGGUGGCCACCAUGAUUGCAGCCCAAAGGAGGGGACCGGAGGCGGCCGCGCAGCACCAAGUGCACCUGGUCCAGAGCGGCCCGUGCAGCUACACCUUCGUGCUGCCCGACCCGCAGCCCUGCCCGCCCGGGGACCCCCGGAGCCCCGACAGCCUCCAGAGGGACGUGUCCCCCGCGGCGCCCUCGGCCUCCCUGGGCGCCUGGCGGGCCCAGCGGGUGCAACAGCUGGAGAAGGCGCUGGAGAACAGCACACUGCGGCUGCAGAAGCUAGAGAGGUACAUCCAGAUGAAUCUGAGGUCAAAGCUGGCGUGGGCCCAGCAGCACAUGGUCCAGAACCAAACGGCCGCCAUGUUGGAGCUGGGCUCCAACCUCCUGAACGAGACCGUGGCCCGCACCUCCAACGUGGAAGCCAAGGUCCUGAACGAGACGUCGCGCGUGGAGGUCCAGAUGAUGGAGACCUCGCUGUCCACCGACGAGCUGCAGAAGCAGCUGCUGCAGCAGAGCAACGAGCUGCACCGGCUGCAGGGCCGCAGCAGCGCGCUGGAGACGCGGUUGCAGGCCCUGGAGACGCAGCAGCAGGAGGACCUGGCCAGCCUCCGCGAGGAGAAGGAGCAGCUGCGGCGCCUGCUGGGCAGCCACGGCGGCGCCCUGGCCGUCCUGGAGCGCAGCCUGCGCCUGGCCAGCAGCAACUCGAGUCGCCUGCAGAUGCAGCAGCGCCAACUGCUGGAGUUGGUGCAGCGCCUGGUGCACGUGAUGGCGCAGGGCCCCGGCGGGAGCGCGGCGGCCCCCAUGAGGGCCCCUGAGCAGGUGUUCCAGGACUGCGCUGAGAUCCACCGCUCCGAAGCCACCGCCGACGGCGUCUACACCAUCCGAGUGACCAACGUCUCGGAGCCCAAGAAGGUGUUCUGUGGCAUGGAGUCCAACGGAGGCGGGUGGACCAUCAUCCAGCGCCGUGUGGAUGGCAGCGAGGAUUUCCAGAGGAGCUGGAAGGAGUACAAAGAGGGUUUCGGAAACCCAGCGGGGGAAUACUGGCUGGGCAAUGAGGCCGUCCACCAGCUCACCAGCAGGGCCACCUACUCUCUGCGCGUGGAGCUGGAGGACUGGGAAGGCCAAGAGGCCUACGCCCAGUACGAGCGAUUCCAGCUGGGCAGCGAGGCCCAGUUGUACAGGAUUUCUCUGUCUGGGUACAAUGGCUCCGUGGGGCGCCAGACCGGCCUGUUCCUUCAGAGCGCCAACUUCAGCACCCGCGACGCAGACAACGAUAACUGUGUCUGCAAGUGCGCCCAGCUGAUGUCGGGAGGGUGGUGGUUUGACGCCUGCGGCCUCUCGAACCUCAACGGCGCCUACUACCAGAACGGCCAGCACCUGCGCAGGAUGGACGGCGUCCGCUGGCAGUACUUCCGCGGCCCCGGCUACUCGCUGCGGGCCACCCGCAUGAUGAUCCGACCCGUGGGCGGCUAGUGAGCGGCUGCGCCCCGAGGGACCACACGGGGGAGCCCCGAGGCGGAUCCCCGGACAGCCUGGACGGCGUGGGACAGAGCCUGGGCUCGUCACUCCAUACCCGGGACCACCCCUGCCCGGGUCACCUCCUGGAGUCGCUGUGUCCUGACUCCCUUCAAUCUGUGACAAGGGGGAUGGGGGUCCUCAUCCCCCUCCCCUGCC